AUGGGCUUCGAGUCGGAAUUCUCUUAUCGCCAAGCCAUACUUGGAAAAGAGCAGAUCUACAUCCCGGAAUCUUACUCUAGCGUAGAAGAAGCAGUCAAUACUCGAGAGGUACUCGUCACAAGGGCCAACAACCUCUAUUUAGAGAUAUUCAAAUACAGAUUUACGCCAAGAGCAAAAAUUCCUCGUUCGGCAAUCAGGCUGAGAGAUUGUUAUGUAGCACAAUUAAGACAAUGGGAUGCUGCCCUUCGUCGAUCUACGUGGAUGUACGAUAGCAAAACUGAAAUUCGUGGCCAUCCAGUGCUAAGACCAUAUUCUUUGAGGAUGCGAGUGUUAGUCAGUAUUAUCAAGCUUGCCACAAGUCUCAACGAACCGCAAUCGAUCACGGACGAGCUACUCGAGCCAUUCCAGUACAUUGUCUCUUACACAGGAGAUAUAAUAGAGUAUGAAACAUUUUUGUCCAAAGGCAAAGCAUCGUUUAAUUUUGAUAUCCGCACUACAAUACCGCUGUCUGAAGUUGCAUUGUACUGUCGCAAUUCACCAUCACUGCGUAAAGAAGCACUAAAACUACUACUUUUCUGUCACCGACGAGAGGGUGCAUGGGAUAGUCGUGUGAUUGCCAGGAUUGCGAUUUGGAAGAUGGCACUCGAACAACCAGGAAUGGAUGAAUCCGGAGCUAUAGUUGAGAAUGCGAGAUGUUACGGCGAGUCUUUUGAAGUCGAUCGAUGGAAUAAAGAAGUUCGAGUUACAUGCCGGCAAAAUGACGAGAAUAUGAGUGAAGGUUAUCGAAUCGUUACGGAUACCCUUCAAUAUGGAGAAGUGGCGAAUGAGCUCUUUAGCUCGAGUCUACUCUAA